UUACAAGUCAGCAUGAAGGCCACAGGGCCUAGGGCUGGCACUUUCCUGAGACCACCCGCACGAUCUCACCAAGCCUAUUCCAUUCCAAAAAAUGUCUCACUUUUCUCACAUACCAGCCACUGGUUUUCAGUCAGACUCUGGUUUGAGUCAUAAUGAAAAUGCCUGUGACUUGUUGAUCAUCAUCACUCAUCACCAGAUCACCGUCCUCGAUCUCUGCUUUGCGGCUACUGCUUCUGAUAUCACGGACGUCGACGCCAAGGUCAUUUAUCAUUUAGCACCGCCAACUUAUGCAUGAGUCUAUGCAUAGAAUCGGUGAGGGAUUUUGUAUCUUUGAAAGGAGCGUUUCCCAGGGCCAAGGUAAACAGAGAAUCGCCAUCAGGAUUCGAGGAACGUCUUCGGCGUCCUUGUUCGGUGGUUUUAGCUUUGGAAGUCUUUCGUUUGGAUAGGCGCAGGCUGUUUGGGACGAAGCGCUCUCCAAGAUAAACGAGGAUGAUGACGGUGGAUAGCGGAGAUCAGUCCCGCUCGUCCAGUGUAGCCGGUCCGACUCUUACGCACCUCCAGCGGCACGGAUCCACAGCGUCGGAAACUGCACGCUCCGGCUAUUCGUCUUCGCUCUACAGCAGUGGCUACAGCAGCGGCAGUUGCGGAGGCAGCGCUGGACCGUACAACCAGCAUCACAUAGCCGCAGUAAUGUCGGGUGCUGCUACGACCAUCGGAGCUGGGGAUGUGGAUGGAUUUGAACCAGUGUCAGAAGAGCCUGCAGCAUCGACACACGUACCCGAGACAACCCACGCCGCAAUACAUGAUGAUGUGGGCUUGGCUGACAUUCCCACUAGCGGCAGACACACAAGCGAGCAUAGUGUACGCGAUUCAAAACUGCUGGAUAGCGGUAGCAUGGGCAACAGCAAGACACGGAGCACAUCGGACGAAUCCAGCGAAGCUAAGAGUAUGGGCACUGACGAUGCUCUGGAUAAGCGGCGCUCACAGCCGGAGAAAAGCAACAACGUGUUGGAUUCAGCCGCAACACCAGUUCUUGAGAAGGCAGCAGCAACGCAGUCCACUGCGCGCAGCUCUACUCCGCCGGCAACGCCACCAACACAGAGCGAACACCGAGUGAAGAGAAUUGGCCGUUACCUACUGCCGGGUAAAACACUUGGCAAGGGGAACUUUGCUCGUGUCGAGGUGGCAAAGCACGCGCACAUCCAAGCCAAGGUUGCCAUUAAGAUCAUCCAAACCGACCGAAUCAAGGAAGACUAUGUCAAGCGUAACUUACUGCGCGAGUCUGCCAUCAUGCGCCAGUUGAACCAUCCCAACAUCAUCCGUCUCUACGAGACCAUGAAGACAAGCACGCUCUACUGUAUUGUCACGGAAUGUGCCGAGGGCGGGGAGCUGCUGCAGUUCGUCAAGAACGAGUGUCCCAACCGGUGCAUGGCCGAGCCACUGGCAAGGCAUUUCAUCCGCCAGCUCAUCUCAGCGCUUUUCUACAUGCACGAGCAUGGAAUUGUUCAUAGGGACUUGAAAAUGGAGAACAUUUUGCUGGACAAGGAAAAGCACAAUAUCAAAAUCAUUGACUUUGGUCUCAGCAAUUGCCAUGAGCCGGGAGAGUUCUUAGCCACGCACUGCGGAUCACCAGAGUAUGCUGCCCCAGAGCUGUUCGUCCCAGGACAGGUGUACGGACAAGAGGUGGAUGUUUGGAGUUUGGGUGUCAACAUGUUUGCCAUGUUAGCAGGCAAGCUGCCAUUCCGUGUGCCCAAGCAAGGCGCAAACCGGCGCAAGCGUCUCCUGGAUCAGAUCACCGCUGGCAUUGGGCAGCAACAGGAGGAAGAAUCGGCACACUUCUCAGCCAGUGCGAUGGAUCUGGUGCGGUGUCUUCUGCAACCGGAUCCCAGUCAACGGUGCAAUCUGCGACAGGCUAUGUUGCACCCGUGGAUAACGUCAGAUGCUUCGCAGCCUCUCCUGCCAUACCAAGCGCCGGUAGAGAAUGCAGCAUCAAGGGACAGGAUUGUCGAUCUGAUGUGUGCACGCCUGGACGUCCAACGCACCAAUGUUGUCCGAAGCAUCAAGGAAAACAAAUGCGACUGGAUGGCGGCCAUCUUUCAUUUGCUCAAUGAUCAGCCGGAGACGCAGACAGUGCUAAGAGAUAUGAAUCGCACCGACGUCACCUCUUCACCACACCGUCGACGUGCCCCGCCCACCUCACCACCGUCCACUGAGAGUCAAGCCACGCCGCAGACCUCCAUUACGGCCGUCAUGAGACAGUUGGAGGUGGCUGCUGGAAAGCCUCUGACGCAGACGAAAGGCGUGCAACGUCACCAGUCACUAGGAACAGCGGAUAGAGAGUUACAGAAGAAGAAGCCAGUCGACGACUCCGUGAAUGAAAAGAUGCCGACCCAGGCACCGCCUCGCUCUGGAUUCCGCAAUCGCUUCUCGCUCGCUCGCCGUAGCAAUCGGCAAAAGACGAGUGUACCGACAAACCAGAAGUCCAGCUCUGUGCCCACCACACCCACGGUCGCCGCAGCGUACGCUGAUGACAGGUUUGCCGAUAGGAACGAUUCUGGCCUUGUCGGCUCUCCCAUCCGCUCUGCUCUGAACAAUAGGUCAAUGUCGCAGAAUUCAAGAAGCCUGUCAUCAGGUGCUGUGCCAUUGACCUCCCGUCACCUGCAACAGCAAGCCUUUACUGACUCAAGUGUCGCCGGAGGUGACCAGCGUCGUCAUUCAUCAUCCAUGAGUCCUGUUCGUGCACAUCAAGAGGCAACGCAGCAGGAUGCUGGCGAGCAGGAGACUUCCCAGAAUGGUGGCACCUUCCUCAGGAAGCGACCGGCCAGUGCAGGUUUGCAAAGGUUAUCUGAUGCUAAGCGUGCUCAGCAAUCUGCAGAAACCAAAGCAGCCAGUGCUGCCAGCGGCGACGCGGCUGGAGCACAAGACUCGCACACGCUGAAGAAGCGGAGGAAAGGAAGUCUGUUUGGCUCACUGCGUGGCAAGGAUAAGCUGUCCAAGAGCGCAUCGGUCGAUGACAUUCCUCACUUGAAAGACACGGAUACGAGCAAGAAGGGUUCCAAGGUUACCGCUGCCACACAAUUGCCGGCUGCCAACACGUCAUCUCUGUCGCGAUCAUUUGCUCUCAAACCGCACGCUAUGUCAACCGACGGGGCGGGCACUCCGGUUGCCCAGCAUCGUCCACACACGCUGCAGCCAAGAAGCAGCAGCGACUACACGGAGAGGUUUGGACAAGCCGUGCCGCAGUAUGAACUCAGCAUGCCGUGGAUGGGACCUGUGUUCCCCGGCUAUGCUUCACAGGGUAUGGACGGCAGCAUGGGGGCAUCUCCACGGCGACCAAGCAGUCGUCGCCAGUCUAGCCGUAGCCGUGGUAGCAGCAUGGGCGAUGCCCUCACCGGCUACACACCGGCCUACUUGCAAGCAUCGCCGUUCGGUGGCGGCAACGAUUACCACGACAGGUCUAGUUACUAUGGUGACCUCGCACAGCCUGCCAACUUCAGUAUGCUUUCAGGGCAGCCGCGCUCUAGCCAGCGGAGAGCAAGCAGUGGUAGUGUGUCGCUUGCAUCACCAGCCGCCGCUGCGACCUCUACCACAGGAAGCAAGAACAAUGCGCUAGGCCUCCUGCGGCGAUCGUUCCGCCGACGGAACUCGCAGGCAUAACGUUAGUUUCCACGCAAAUGAACGUCUUGAUGCAUCGUAAUGAAGAUAUUCCCAAUAUUGUUGCUAUGCACAGCCAGCAUAUUUUGUUAUUUGUUUGCAUUUCCCUGCGCACCGAUUUCUAGCCUGAAACAUGCCGUAGCUUACUCAUUCCUGUCUACCAUUGCUUGAUUCCAUUUUGUAAUGGCCACUACACUGUACAUCUAAAUACAGACACAGAUCUUGUCAGUCACCAGUCCCACGAUUAUAUUCAUGCACAGCAAUUAGUAUGGUAAUGAUGCAAACAUGCAAUUGACCAAGGCAGUGCAUGCACUGUAGGCUCACUCCCCAGCUGGUAUUGGGUGUUUUCCCAUGAUCUCAGCGCAUGUACAUGUGGCUGUGCUGACCAAAGCAUUCUGUGACUUCUCUGUUCUACCAUCUUGAUGACCUUAGCAGCUGAACACGUUUAUACAGUAGGACAGUAGUAAAUAUUCUUGUUUGGGACUCAGUUCUCACGUUUCUUGGAGUGUGCUCAUCAGCCAAUACUACAAUAUUUUAAAACCUAUCUUAUCAUGUACUUUUUUUGGAAGUACAUCUGUAGGUGCAUAACGUGUUAGUAUAUCGUUUUAACACCACUUCUCUCUAGCGUACUAACUACUUUCCGCUUUCUGCUACUUCUCACUUGAUAGCCAACGUUAGAGUUCAAGUUGUUGAUCACGGACGUUCUGGCUUUUGCCAGGACGAACCAGCCACAGCUGCUGUGACCGCUA